AUGGACGGUGCAGCCUUGCCGACACAUUCACGAACGGACUCUUCCACUCCGCUCUGGAGCAAACCCAAGAGCAAAGGAAGCUUUUUCAUUAGUGCCGCUGUUGGGGUGUCUCUGGUCGCGCUCGUUUCUUUGGUGGGAUUUUGGCUUUGGACAUCAUCAGAGGCGUCGCCCUUGUUGGAAUUCUCCAAGAAUGUCAACGUAGAUCCAUUCGAUCCCUUGAACUCCCUUGUUGGGCCACCAACUGAGCACUUUGGUGAUAAUCUACUCCCUGACAUCAAAUACAUCACUUCAUGGAUAUCUGCCGGUUGGACAAAUGAUGUGAUGACUUAUAUCAACCUGAUAUAUCUGGGCAUGAUCACCGAGCGUGUACCAAUAUUGCCCAUGUUUACUCCCUCGCAUAUUGGUCCCGCGGCACCACCAAUCGCAUUUGGCGAUGUUUUUGAUGUUCCUCGCCUUCGGCAAGCGCUAGAAAGACCUAUUCUCGAAUGGCGAGAUGUGAAGGAUCCGAAUAGUCCAGAACUAGAUGGACUCGGGUGCUGGAACGUUUGGGAAGCGACAUCACAAAAUCAAGAUAAAGGUCCCCGUGGGAGCACCGUCCUAGACCACCUGAAGCUUGACAUCUCAUAUACGAAGCUACCUGACUGGGUGAAGUUAAUUCAGAAUUAUGAACACGAUUCACAUACUACGUUUUGGACAUUGGCGAAAUUCGCCUUUCCAGAAGCGCGAAACGCCAAUCUCGUAACACCGCUUCCUUCACCAAUUUUAAACGUAUCACUUCCACCGGACGAACAACUUCUUUGCUAUGACUAUUUAUAUUAUGUCUGCGCACAACAGCCCUUCGAAUACGAUAACGACUAUAGCCCUGCCUGGCGCUUCGUUGCUCAGCACAUGCAUUGGGUUCCCUCCCUCGAAGCUUUAGCGAAGAAGUAUAUCAACCGUGCACUAAGUUUGGAAGACGAUGCUCCCACACCCGCGUACAUUGGUAUUCAUGCUCGGCACGCUGACUUCAAGAACUACUGCUGGGGUGCACCGCAGGGAGAAUGUUUUCCUUCUAUAUCCGUCAUUGCUAGACGGGUACAGGAGGUGAAAGACGAACUGCUACAAACUAAGGGUAUAGAUGUUAAGCAUGUUAUUAUGACAAGCGAUGAAAGGAACGCGAGUUGGUGGGAAGAGGUUGCACAGCAAGGCUGGUUUGUGCCCGACCACUCCAAGACGAAGGAACUUUACGGAGAUUGGUACCCCGUCCUCAUCGACGCAGUCAUACAGUCGGGAGGAGUUGGAUUUAUUGGUACGGAUAGAUCUACCAUGUCGAUACUGGCAAGACGACGCGUAGAAUCGUGGCAAAACGGUGUUACGAGGACCCUUCUUUGGGGGUCACCUCAUGCAGAUGAUCAUAGAUAG